UCAACCCAACUUCAGCCUCAUCUUCAUUUCCCGCACGUAAGGAGCUCAAAGAGAAGAGAAGCGAUCGUGAAUUUGUCAAAGGGUAGAAGGAUAAGCCAAAACGAUACGAUGUCGUUAUGUUGUUCCCUCUCUACUGCAAAAUCCAUGUCUCUCUUCUCCAGCAAACACAAAAUCUUCACCCAUGGAUUCAUCAAAGCUUCUUCUUCUUCUUCUUCUGCUGACGUCCCCGAUUUCCUCUCUGCUGAUUGGCUUGAAUCUAGAAGGAAAAGACCUUUUGGCCCAAGGCUAAAUUUUAGUGCGGAAGAAGCUGUUAAACACCAACUUGAUGCAUUGAAAUACAAUGACCAACCUCGACAGGAUUACGGGAUUGAAGUAAUGUACAGGUUUGCAGGAUUUGAUCCUUUUGAAAGGUCUACAUAUUUUGGACCCUUCUUUGAUCUAGGCCAGUUCGAGCGGUUUAGGCGGAUUUUUCACCAUUCAGGAUAUCGAGUAUUGCUUGGCCACAAGGAGAGGAAGGUCUUGAGCAGUUUGUUUGUAAAGGAGAACCGAUUCAAACAACGGGUUUGGAUACUCGGAAGUCGUCCAAACGAGGAAGAAGUAUUUGAGUUUACAAUGGUGCAGCGGGUCGGUGGUUCUUGGGAUGGUUAUUGGUUGACAGAGAGUUUACUUCACGACGGAGAUGCAUUUGCCGGUGGUUUAGCUUACUGACAACAGUCGACACUGGUUGUCUCAGAAUUACUUGUGCCAAACCGUUUGUAUUUCACAUUCAUGUAGAUAAUGCAAGAAAUCAUAUCCACUUCUUUUCGAAUUUGAACCUGUACAUACGAUAUAUUUUCAUCAACAGUUUGAUUCCCCCCACCUCUCCCCUCUUUUUUAUAUAUUCGUUUAUUAAACAAACUAAAAUCGAAUAAAGUGUAUUUAGUUCUUUUGCA